AUGCAAAAAGCACUUCUCGCGCAGAAUGCUAUGAACCGGAUGAAGAGCAAUGAGCAACAAAACACCAACGAUCAGCAAGAGUUCCGUCACAACUCGAUGGACGAGAACCAAACAUCACGACCAUCUGCAUCACGAACCGCAAACGGCCCGACUCCAGGACCAACGCCAUUAAUCCGUGAAGAUUCCAACUUCUCGCCUAUGUCCAGGAGAAGAGAAUCCCAAAUACCGCAAAUCAACGUGAAUGAUCAGUACAACGCGCAUAUUUCUCCGCAGACUCAUGCCCGGCAACCUCCAUCGCGAUUGCAGCCGCCGUCACCCGGUGAGGACCGAAUAGAAGCGCUCAUCAACGCGGCGCAGCAUCUCGAACCCGGAACCGACACGCCAUGGCGAUCGCCAUCACCUAUGAUCAUUGCGCGUGCAGAACAUGCUCAGAUGUCCAAUCGAAAUCCUCACGAAAGUAUGGGUCCACCGAUCGACCCGGCUAUGGAGGCCCUCACAUUCUCACCAGCCGGACACGUAUCGAGUUUGGAUCAGUGGGCUUUUGAGCUUGUUCAAAGCAACAACCCAGUUCCCAACCGUACUCCUGCGGACGCCUUACAAACAUGGCUGUUUCCCCUCGAAGGUGAUAUGAAUACUCCUCAUGGAUCACACCACCUGGGUGUAGACGGCUUUUUCGACCAUGAGGCGUUUCGAGCAGUCCCAGAAAAUCAAGCUAGUCCAUCGGGUAGCAGUGUUUCAAUAGCAAGCAGAGUCCCACGAGAACGGUUUCAGCGAGUCCAAAGUUGCUGGCCGUCCAGGAAUCGCAAAUCUACGCGGCUGAUGCCAGACCUAUGGCAGAAUCUAGUGGCGUGCGAAUGCACCAACAUACUCUCAGAAGUUGGUUCUGGAGCUAUGGAAACUCCAAUGAGCGAAAGAGAACGGCGAAACUCGCGUUGGGGGCUGGACGAAGAGUGCAGGAGCAGGCUCCAAAGCACGCUGAACAAUUUACCAUCAUCCGGACCGCCGCGGUCAGAAUCCUAUGGCGACACUGCGUCGUCGAGCGGCGAUGCAGCAGGAAGUCCAAGUAUCGAGGGUGUGCAGUUCCCACCUGCUGAAAUCUUGGAUAUCGCAUUGGAGAUGUAUCUCUAUUACUUUCAUCCUACCCUUCCAAUCAUCCAUAUUCCUACUUUCUCGGCAAAGAAUGCGCCCCGGCCACUGCUACUUUGUAUGUGUCUUAUUGGACUAAGCAUCCUUGGUACGGCAGGUGCAGCAAAGUUUGUUACACGCACAUUUCCUGCUGUGUUACAACUUGCGUUGGCGGAACUGCAAUCACUACCGACAACAGACCAUCCGCCGCAUAGGCAAAUGCGGAUAAUUGCCACUAGCUUGCUUGCGCUUAAUUUAGCAUCGAUCACAGGACGAAAAAGCCGUAUUGCACAAGCAGAGAAGAUGUAUGCAGAGCUCAUCGAGUUUUCGCAAAGUCAGGGGCUUUUCUCCGCUAAUGAGGGUGUAAAGAUCGACCCUCUUCUCGACGAGAUGAUCGAUAUCGACUCCAAGUGGAAGGCUUGGUCCAAGGUUGAAUGCGGCAAACGUAUCAUCUUUGGUCUCAUAGAAGCAGAUUGCUGGUGGGCAGGCUAUCUAUCAACGUCGCCAAUGAUCCGCCCCGAAACAGUACAAAUUUUGCCACCCUCGGACUACUCCCUAUAUCACGUCAACAGCGCAGCGAAAUGGUUUAAUCUUGUACAGCGUGGCGCAAGAAUUCACUCGCAGAAGAUAACACCGUCAUUCCAUCCGACCCCGGGACUGAAGCUCGAUGCAUCAAGCUUUCGCUCACUAUUGACCCUUCUCCUCCUACGCAUCUAUGAGAGCAACGAUAGGCUUGCUCAAGUGACAGGAAAUCAAAAGCAGCUACAGCCCUGGCGCAUAUACGCUGAAGAUGCUCGUAGUCGAGACAUCCUGCCACUGUUGGUGAACCUCUCCAGUUCUUCGAUCGACGCACUUCGAACAGCGGACUUGAAUUCCGCUGUCCUUUGGCAUGCCUCUUGCAUGGUGCUUGGAGCAAACAUACGCUAUUUCGAACUCGCAGCUGGACGCUCCGGUCCCGAGCCUGCCGUCAACGCUCUGGAAGACAUCUCAGUAUGGUGUCAAACACCAAGCGCAAGAAGGAGCGUGCUGCACGCCGCCCACAUCUACAAACUACUCUUCGACCGAAAAGUUAGUGAUAUCGUCAACCCACACAGCGUGGUCGCUCUGUUUCACGCUGCCCUCGUCCUAGGCUUAUACAUCUUCGCCCUUCCCCCAACGCCCAAUUGUCCUAUCAACGACUCGUGCAUCGAGCUUCUCGAUCUUGUAGACUGGAUAUCUGUUGGUCAGCUUGGUUUUAUCGAUACGCCGCAAUCACCUGUAGCAUUCGGCGACACCACGCAAGUCGUGAAAUUCAUACACCACGGUGGGAGCUUUAGUAUAACUGGUAUCACACUCGAGGGCGGAUAUCUCGCGGCUCGCCGCACCUUAUUACAUUGUGCAGAUCUCAUGGAAGGCAUGGGUCGCUGGAAGAGCAGAACAUUCAGUCAGAUACUACACAUCAUGAGCGAUGAUCUGACAGACUAUGAGGGUCAUGAUAAUGAUGAUGGGGAGGAUGAGGUAGAUGGCGGUGGGGAAGAAGGGGAGAGGAAUACGAGGUGA